AUGAGAAACAGAAUAGGGUUCUUAUUGCCUGCAUUUAAGGUCGCACAGAUCAACUAUUCUGGGUGGGAUAUGGGAAGCUUGCCCCUUUUAUCAUUUCGUCGGCAUUGCAAGCUCAUGCUGCUACGGCCAUUCAGGAUGGGUAACCAAGGUAAUUGUGACUUUUGGCUUUGUUGUGGCGGUUACUCAGCCAAGAAAUCUGGCAGGGCCACAGCAGCGUCCCAGGAGAGAUACACACUCAGGCCUGCACAUGAUGAAGGUUUGCAAGGCAUUCAGGUGUUCCGAUUCGAUGGUCCUUCUCCUGACGAUUGUGCUGGGACACCCAAGGGGGAUAAAAAAGGGACACGCGAUCGGCCUGCCAGUGCCGCACUAACAGCACCAGCUGCAGCUCCAGUUGUGGAGGAACCAUCCUCAUCGGGUGCAGAUGACGUAACACAGGGCAUGGGCGAAUUGAGUAUUUCAGAUACCAAACUGCAAGAGGGGUCACAACACAGUCGAGGAGGCGACUCCCAGAAGCAGCACACCAGAGCAUGGAGUGAAUAUGUCUUGGACCCCAACACGGCCAGACUCGUCCAGGAAUCGUCGGCCGAAGAGAGCUCAGGCAAUGGCGCCAAAACCAAGUUGCAUCUAGUUGUGUUGGGACAUGUGGAUGCUGGAAAGUCCACCUUGAUGGGCCGUCUGCUCCAUGACUUGGGCUACGUUGGACAGAAGCAAGUCCACAAGAAUGAGAAGGACUCAGCACAGAUUGGUAAGGCAUCCUUUUCUUGGGCAUGGGUGCUUGAUGAAAGGCCAGAAGAGAGGGCCAGGGGUGUGACAGUUGACGUUGCCAUGUCCCGUUUCCAGACCUCAAAGUACAUAGUGACACUGAUGGAUGCUCCUGGCCAUAGAGAUUUUGUUCCACACAUGAUUGGUGGUGCUUCACAAGCAGAUGCUGCCCUGCUGCUUGUCGAUGGCUCCAUCGGAGGUUUUGAAGCUGGAUUUCAGGCCAGUGGCCCCGGCCUUCGAGGCACUGGCGGUGGUCAGACCAGGGAGCAUGCCCAGCUGGCCCGCAGCCUUGGCAUCGAGCAGGUGGCUGUGGUGAUCAGCAAGCUGGACUCCUGUGACUUUUCACAGGAUCGAUUUGAAAGCGUAAAGGCACAGCUCAUUCCAUUCCUGAAGCAAUGUGGGUUCAAGGAGCGCAACAUUCAAUGGCUGCUGGCCGCAGCUCCAUUGGGCAUCAACAUGACAGAAAGGCCUUCCAAGGACAAUACACUCUUGGCAUGGUUUCAAGGCCCUUCCGUUGUGGAGUCAAUAGACAACUUCAUGCCAAUCAGAAGAAUUGUGGAUGCUCCCCUGCGGGUGCCGAUCGCAGACGUCUUUAAGAGCAGGACCCUGGGGUCCACAGCAGUGGGUGGCAAGGUGGAGUGUGGCGCCAUGGCAGUAGGGGGAAAGGUGCUUGUGAUGCCCGCUGGAGAGGUUGCUACCAUCAAGUCGCUGGAGGUGGAUGGCCAGAAAUGCCCCCUGGCGCGCGCGGGCGACAGCUGCGAUGUGGGCCUGUCCGGCAUCGAGGAAUCCUCCCUAUUCCCCGGCUCAGUCCUCUGCCCAGUGGACUGGCCCACUGGGGUGUCUUCAAAGUUCGAGCUGUGCGUGGUGGUCCUGGAACCCCCCAUCCCCAUCAUCCCUGGCACGGCGGUCGAGCUGCACGCGCACACCGCCCGAGAGGAGGGCCACAUCGCCCGCCUGCUGACGACCCUGGACCCCAAGGCGGGAGGCGUCGCCAAGACCAAUCCCAGACGGCUGGCCAAGGGGGAGACGGCCACGGUGGUGGUGACCGCAAAGCGGGGCAUGUGCCUGGAGCAGUACGCGACCUGCAGGGCGCUGGGGCGGGUGGCUGUGCGUCAAGGGGGCAGGACCAUUGCGGUUGGGAUCGUCACCAAGGUCGAGGGCUGA